AAUCACGUGCUGAGGAUCUGGUUUCCCUUGAAAAUCCCGACGCCUGAAUUUUUUAUGAUUACGGUUUAUCAGAGGACAUUCCUGUCCCUGGUGGCGAUCUUCACUCACUUGACCCCUCAGUCCCAAUCUGGUCCUCUACUCCUCUCAGUGUUGAAUUUACUGAUUUGUUUGGGAAUUCAGACAAUCUUAAUGGGACAGGCUCCCGAAAACGGAUGAGGUCUGGAUCAUGCGGUGCAUCUGGGUCAAAAGCUUGCAGAGAAAAGAUGCGAAGGGAUAAGCUAAAUGAAAGGUUCCUAGAAUUGGGUUCUAUUCUAGAUCCUGGAAGGUCUUCCAAAAUGGAGAAGGCUGUAAUAUUGGUUGACGCAGUUAGGAUGCUUACUCAGUUGCGGGAUGAAGCCCAGAAACUGAGGGAAUCAAAUGAGAGUCUGCUGGAGAAGAUUAAUGAACUUAAGGCUGAAAAGAAUGAACUUCGCGAUGAGAAGCAGAGGCUAAAGGCCGAGAAAGAUGAUCUCGAGCGGCAAGUAAAGGCAUUAGGUUCUCAGCCAGGAUUUGUCCCUCAAGCUCCUGCUAUUCCAACUCCAUUUUCUACCCCAAACCAAGUUGUUGGUGCCAAGCUGGUGCCAUUCGUUGGCUAUCCCGGAGUUUCCAUGUGGCAAUUCUUGCCUCCUGCUGCUGUUGAUACAUCACAGGAUCAUAUUCUCCGCCCUCCUGUCGCAUAAGCUGGCAGCCUGUUAUUUUGAGGUUGCCUUCCUUGGCACAAAGAAUCAUUGUUCAUAAUUAUAUUUGCAAUCGAUGCUUCUCAUUUUAGCCUCUACUUUUUAGUUUUUUACUCCCCUUCUUUGAAAGAGUAUGAGAAGUGAGAACUGAAACCAAUGUUUGAAGCUA